CUGAUCAAGGCAUUCUAUUGACUUGACAAGCCAAACCUCGAAGAUAAUGCACGACAUAAAAAAGACAGAUGUACACAUUACAAAGGGAAUCACCAGCUCUUCGCGACCACGGGACUUCACCGAGAGCAGAGCAUUCUGAUGGUGGCUGUGUGAGCGGACGAUAUAACGGGUGAUGCGAGGAUUAGUCGAAGUAAGCUUCCUAUGCAGUUCGCCUGUGGCAUUGAUCUCUAUCGCGAUAUUGAAAGCGACUGCUGAUACGUGGAGGAACCAAUAUCACAAAAGAGCGCGAUCAAGUGAGGUGAGAUUCAUUACGAAUGGCAGCGCAAGAAAUCUGACAGGCAUGCGCUGGCGCUCAGGAACCGCUUCUUUGACAAUGUCUUUCGUUAUGGUCGCAUCAUAUGGGUAUUGAUGGUCGAGUCCCGAGCUUCACUUUCAACUUCGCCAUCGACAUGGGUCGUACCGCCCGCUUGACACGCGAUUCACCUAAAUCAACGGAUAAGUUCCACAGAAGGAUGACGGCAGUAGCGAAGAUACUGGAGAGUAAGCUGCUUAGGAGAAGCUCAAAGCCACUUCCGCCUCAAUUCCUCUCAUAGUGUCUAUAUGUCUUGAAUACACACCCACUUAUUUCGUCGACGAACACGAGGCUCCCCUCAGGCUCUCCUCUGUCCUUCCAGUGACGCUCACCGAUGCGCCAACAUAUGCUACUGGUUUCGGAAGCGGAGGCGGUACUGCGAGCAAGGCGUUGAAUGUGGACUUCUAGAACGCUCAGGGAUGUCCUUGAUCAAGACCCGAAAGUUGAACGGGACGUGCUCGGG